AUGGAGAACGGCGCAAAUUCCGGAAGCUCUGAUCCCAGCUCUUUCCUUACAGAGAUAAUUGGAGCGCCAGUCAAGGUGAAGCUCAAUAGCUCAGUGGAGUAUAGAGGGUACCUCAUAUCCGUGGACGGUUAUAUGAACAUCUCCUUAGAGAAGACGGAGGAGUACGUGGAUGGGAAAUUGCGCCGUUCUUAUGGAGAGGCUUUCGUGAGGGGAAAUAAUGUGCUGUAUAUCUCCGCCUCGUGA